UUGGUGUCAGAGAUAAAAAAAUGAAGACUACCUCAGUCCUCACUCUGCUGUUGUUGCUUUACUACCACAUGUUUCCAGGUCUCUUCGUCGCCGGAGAAAAUGGAUCAUACUCGGGCACUUGCCGUGCAUGUUAUUAUGUUCCUCAUGUGCUCUGUCGGUGAUUGCACCGCCGUUCCACAGCUCCGGCGAAAGUCUCAAGUGAUAGGAGGUCUAUGCGCUCACCUCAUAGAAUCUACUGGUUUCCCUUGCACAGAGCAUCAGACUAAGACAAAGGAUGGUUACCUCCUUGGCCUUCAACGUGUGUCGUCUCGCUCAACAAUUGUCAGAAGAGAAAUGGGUCUUCCAGUUCUUCUCAUCCAUGGACUCUUCAUGGCAGGUGAUGCAUGGUUCAUGAAUUCUGCUAGUCAGUCAUUGGGCUUUAUCCUUGCUGAUCAAGGUUUUGAUGUCUGGGUUGGAAAUGUGCGUGGAACACGUUGGAGUCAUGGGCAUGUAUCUUUAACAGUGAAAAAUAAGGUAUCUGAUAUAUUCAGCAUUGAUGGCAUGAAGCUUGGACCUGUUUUCAUUGGAGUUCAUAUUGAUCAGGAAUUUUGGGACUGGAGCUGGCAAGAGUUGGCUCUUUAUGAUCUUGCAGAAAUGAUUCGAUAUGUAAAUAAGAUCACAAAAGCAAAAAUUUUUGUUGUAGGACAUUCACAGGGAACAAUCAUGUCUCUUGCUGCUUUUACUAAGCCAGAUAUUGUGGAGAUGGUCAAAGCUGCAGCACUCCUUUGUCCUAUAUCAUAUUUGGAUCAUAUCACCACAGAUUUUGUGCUUAGAUUAGUCAAAAUGCAUCUUGAUGAGGUAAUUCUUGCAUUGGGAAUCCAUCAACUUAAUUUCAAAAGUAAUAUGGGGACUCAAAUCAUGGAUAUGAUGUGCGAUGGGUAUAUUCACUGCGACAUCUGGCUUAGUGCUAUUACAGGCAAGAAUUGUUGCUUCAAUGAUUCACGGAUCAAUUUCUAUCUUGAAUACGAACCUCAUCCAUCAUCCUCGAAAAACUUGCAUCAUCUCUUUCAGAUGAUCCGUAAAGGGAGUUUUGCUAUGUAUGAUUAUGGAAUGUGGAGAAACCUCAUGCGCUAUAACCAUCCAAAGCCCCCAGUGUUUGAUAUCAGCCAGAUUCCCACUUCAUUGCCAUUGUGGAUGGGUUAUGGGGGCAAUGACGCGUUAGCAGAUGUCAUCGACGUCCAACAUACACUAAGGGAGUUGAAAUCCAAGCCAGAUCUGCUUUAUAUUGAGGAAUAUGGUCAUAUUGACUUCCUCCUGAGUACAAGCGCAAAAGCAGAUGUUUAUGAAGACAUGAUUAGGUUUUUCAAUUCUGUACAAAAGGUAAGCAGUUUUAAGUAGUGGCUGAUUAGUAUGUGUCAUGUGUUUUGGCCCUGGCCUCUUCCUUGUCCACAUUCUUGUACAUAGCAUGAUUAUGUAGCUCAUGCUACCUCUUUAGAUCCAAAAAGUUUCUGGUUAAUAUGGCGUGUAUAUAAAACCAUUACCAAUCCAUGUAUAAGUGGUUUAAAAGGGUGCAGGUCUAUCAGUUCCUUCAAUUUCUAGGCAAAACCAUUACUAAUUAUUUUUUGUAAGGAAUUUGCUACCUGUUGGCUUGCCACUGCUUAAUGCUCGUCCUCCCCGCUCAUUGUUAAAAACAGUCGGUUAUUUCCACA